UACGCUACACACGGUCAUUAUAAAACGAGGCUCGUUCUCAUCAACCGUGACUCCAGAGAAGGCGUAAUUGGUGCAGCUGCAGCAGGUACGAUAUUGAAGGAUAAUUUUGUCCUUUUUUACGUAGGGUAAACUGUAAACCGACUAUUUCCUUCACCAUGUGACAUCUGUCGACAACUUUCAUUCCUAACGAGAAAUCCAGAUUUAGAGUAUUUUUUUCCCAAGAUGAGAAAUACACUAAUCGGUCAUCGAUUUUUUACAUCUUAAUUUCAAUAUAAAAACGUAUAGCUUUUUAUCUAAUAAAUGAAGGAUCAAAUGAUGAAUGUUAUGUUGCACAUGAAAUGCAGGUUUGGACCUGCUGAAGAAUGUUGAAGUGCAAGCCAUCAUCGGUCCCAUGUACUCGGUACAGGCUAAUUUCCUUAUUUCUCUUGGACAGAAAGCUCAAGUUCCUAUAGUUACCUUCUCGGCCACAAGUCCUUCUCUUUCAUCACUGAGGAGUCCUUAUUUCGUUCGGGCUACUCUAAACGACUCUACGCAAGUAAACCCCAUCGUUGCAAUUAUUCAAGCCUUUGGAUGGAAAGAAGCUGUGCCAAUCUACGAGGAUAACGAAUUCGGAGAAGGGAUUGUACCGUUUUUAACCGAUGCCUUAGAGCAGGUAAAUGCGCGCGUACCUUACAGGAGUGUCAUCCCAUCAACAGCGACAGACGAGCAAAUCGUCGCAGAGCUUUCCAAGCUGAAGACUAUGCAAACAAGAGUAUUCAUCGUGCACAUGUUGAGCAGCCUCGGUUCUCUCCUGUUCGCCAAAGCAGCACAACUAGGAAUGAUGAGUAAAGAUUACGCAUGGAUAAUAACAGACAGCAUCACAAACGAAUUAAAUUCAAUGGAUCCUUCUGUCCUAGCAUCCAUGCUAGGAGUAAUAGGAGUAAAGCCUUAUAUUCCACAGACAAAAGAGCUGGACGACUUUGCAAUUCGAUACAAAAACAUGACUCUGCAGAGCAAUCCAAAAGCUCUAAAUCUGGACAUAUAUGGUAUAUGGGCUUAUGACUCGGCUCUUGCACUAGCCAUGGCAGUUGAAAAAGCAGGGUUAUCAAAUCUUACAUAUCAAAAGACAAACACGUCGACAAAUUCUACUGAUCUUGAAGCCUUUGGGGUAUCGUUAAGUGGACCAAAGCUAAUUCAGGCUUUAUCGAGUACCACAUUUAGAGGCCUUGCUGGAAACUUCCAAUUAGUCGAUGGUCAACUCCAAGCACCUCCUUAUGAAAUAGUCAACAUUGUUGCUCAUGGAGUUAGUGGCAUAGGAUAUUGGACAAAAGAGAAUGGAAUUGUAAACAAACUAAAGUUCACUAGUUCAAGCACAAGCGCAUAUUCAACUUCCAAAGACAACCUCGGAUCUAUUACAUGGCCAGGCAACGAAUCAUCUCCACCUAAAGGUUGGGCAGUUCCGACAAAAACCAAGAAACUGAGAGUAGGAGUGCCUGUAAAGGCUGGUUUCACCGAAUUCGUGCGUGUUACGUGGAAUUCGGACAAUACUACUAAAGUGGAAGGAUACUGCAUAGAUGUUUUUGAUGCGGUGAUGGCAGCACUACCAUAUGAUGUGCCGUAUGAAUACAUUCCAUUUGCAACACCUGAUCGCAAGAUGGCUGGAGUUUACAAUGAUUUGGUCUAUGAAGUGUACCUCGGAGUAAGUUCUUUUUUUUUGUUUUCGCUUAUUAAUGAACAGAACUAUGACGCAGUAGCUGGAGACGUAACAAUUCUCGGAAAUAGGUCUCAGUAUGUCGACUUCACCCUGCCUUACAGAGAGUCUGGUGUUUCGAUGGUUGUACCGAUCCCAGAAGAUAAGAAGGGAAAUACAUGGCUAUUGGUGAAGCCGUUGACUUGGGAACUGUGGUCGACAAUCUUUGUCUCCUUUGUUUUAUUCGGGAUUUUGGUUUGGUUUCUUGAACGCCCAAGAAAUAGAGAUUUCAGAGGGACUGGUUGGGAUCAAUUUUGCAUGAUAUUCUGGUUUUCCUUCUCCACCAUGUUCUUUGCCCACAAGGAGAGGGUGGUAAGCAACUCCGCAAAGGUAGUGGUGAUUGUAUGGCUCUUGGCGGUAUUUAUAUUAACCCAAGGCUAUGCUUCGAGUCUCACAUCCAUGUUAACAGUCCAGAAACUGACAGAUACUGAUGUUAACGAGCUUAUUCGAAACAAGGAAUAUGUGGGCUACUCCAAUACCUCUUUUGUAUACGAAUUUCUGAAAAAACGUUUCGAUAAGUCGCAACUUCGGCCGUUCAAGUCAGCGGAGGAAAUGGAUCAACUUCUCUCCAAAGGGAGUGCAAACGGUGGAAUUGCUGCUGCCUUUCACGAGAUUCCAUACUUAAAUCUGUUUAUAGCAAAAUACCGUUCAAAAUACAUGAUGGUCGGACCCACAUAUAAGGCUGCUGGUUUCGGAUUUGUAUGUGACUCCCUUGACUACAUAUACGUUUCCAUUUUGCGUUGUCGUCUUUUUUUCUUUCUAGACUCUACUUCUCUCUUCUUUUCUGCAGGUCUUCCCAAUAGAUUCUCCUCUAGUACCUCAUGUUUCGAGGAAAAUUCUGAGUGUGACCGAGGGCCAGACGAUGGUGGAGAUUGAGAAGAAGUGGUUGGGAGGUGAGGCCAAACGGCCGGACACUAACACCAAAAGUCUCGGCCUAUCAAGCUUCAGGGUGGUCUUUAUUAUUGUCGGAGCAACCGGACUUGCAGCGAUUAUAAGUUAUAUGAUUAUGUUCGGAUAUGGAACUCAUGUCCACAGUGACGAACCCACAAUCGAGAGACAGAUUUAUGAGUUAUGUGAGUUACUCAAGCGUUGCGAGGAAAGAGACCAACAAAUAAAUAAUCCUGGGAAUCGGAAUGGAAACUAGUGAACCACCAAAAUGCUGUCACAUACAGGUUUUUCGUCGUUGUGAGGAGGUUGUAUCCUAAUUUGUAAAUCUCAUUCUACGUGUUUCAUCGUUUUUCCCCCCACUUUAAAUUGUAUUUGUUGAAAUAAUAAUGUCUUGGGAUUAAAUUCUCUUCUGAGAAUAUCUUCUUGGGACUUCAAUCAGCCACAACUCUUAAGUUAUCUCAAGAUUACAAGCACUCCCUAACAAAGUUCAAAUAUUUCUCUCUUAAUCUUUAAGAUAUAUAUAUUUAACUUGAAAGUUCAACAUAAAAAUAGUUUCUUCUUUUGUAAGUAAGUAAACCUUAAGAAUAUAUUUCAUACUUUAGACGACAUGUAUUCCUGGAUAAGAAACCCGGUGCUUUUAGUUCAAGUCCGGGAUACGAAGCCCGUAUUGUCUAAAAUUUAAAAUUAAAUAUUUAAAUUCAAUUUCACGGUUUAAGAGAAAAAGGCAUAAUUCUGGGCUUUGUAGCCCGUAGCGUAGUUCGGGCUACAAAGUCCGGAAUUAUGAACUUCACUCUGGAUUACGAAAUCCCGAGCCUUCAAAAUCUAUUUAGAUAUACCCUAUUAAAAUUUGCAAGUAGAAUGAGUAGAGAAAAGAAUGACAACUAGAAUGAGUCAAUUACAGUAAUAUCCAAUGACCUAGGACUUAUUUACAUUCUUCUUCUUGGCUAAGUCAAUUACAGUAAUAUCCAAUGGUUUAUUUAUUAUUAUUAUUAUU